AUGGCGGAAAACAAAGGAGGAGGCGGUGGUGGUGGGGAGGGGGCUGUGGAGGCCGCGCCGGCUGGGGGUGGUCCGGAGCCUGCCACCGCUGCAGCCGCUGUCGUUGUCACCUCCGCGGCAACAGUGGCGUCCCCGCCCCCUCCGGCCCCCGCCCCUCUCGACGACAGGGAGAGUCCUGCCGCGGUGGUCCUGGCUGCGCCGGCGGACAAGGGCCCAGGGGAGGCGGAGGCCGCGGUGGCGGUGAGCGGAGGCCUGGGCUCCGGCUCAGUGCCGGCGCCGCUGGGGCCCAGCCCGGCGCCCCCUGCCCUGUCUAGCGCCGCGCCAGGCCCGCUGUCGCUCCUGGACACCUGCGCCGUCUGCGCGCAGAGUCUGCAGAGCCGGGAGGCCGAGCCCAAGCUGCUGCCUUGCCUGCACUCCUUUUGCCGCCGUUGCUUGCCGGAGCCUGAACGCCAGCUCAACGUGCCCGUGCCCGGCGGCGCCAACGGGGACAUUCAGCAGGUUGGUGUGAUCAGGUGUCCAAUCUGUCGCCAGGAAUGCAGACAAAUAGAUUUGGUAGAUAAUUACUUUGUGAAAGACACAUCUGAAGUACCAAGCAGCUCUGAUGAGAAAUCUGAACAGGUGUGUACCAGCUGUGAAGAUAAUUCCAGUGCUGUUGGUUUCUGUGUAGAAUGUGGAGAAUGGCUGUGCAAAACAUGCAUAGAAGCUCAUCAGCGAGUAAAAUUUACUAAGGAUCACAUGAUCAGAAAGAAGGAAGAUGUUUCUUCAGAGGCUGUUGGAGCAUCUGGUCAACGUCAUGUGUUUUGUCCUGUCCACAAACAAGAACAGCUAAAACUUUUUUGUGAGACCUGUGACAGAUUGACAUGCAGAGACUGCCAAUUAUUGGAACACAAAGAACAUAGGUAUCAGUUUUUGGAAGAAGCAUUUCAAAAUCAAAAAGGUGCUAUUGAAAAUCUGUUAGCCAAACUCCUCGAAAAGAAGAAUUAUGUUAACUUUGCAGCUACUCAGGUGCAAAAUAGGAUAAAAGAAGUGAAUGAAACUAACAAACGAGUAGAACAGGAAAUCAAAGUUGCUAUUUUUACCCUGAUUAAUGAAAUCAAUAAAAAAGGAAAAUCUCUCUUACAGCAGCUUGAGACUGUGACAAAAGAGAGACAGAUAAAACUAAUACAACAGCAGAAUGAUAUCAGUGGCCUGUCACGGCAGGUGAAACAUGUGAUGAACUUUACCAAUUGGGCUAUUGCAAGUGGCAGUAGCACUGCCCUGCUUUAUAGCAAGCGACUGAUCACGUUCCAGCUGCGACAUAUUUUAAAAGCACGAUGUGAUCCCGUCCCAGCUGCUAAUGGAGCAAUACGCUUCCAUUGUGAUCCCACAUUCUGGGCAAAGAAUGUAGUCAACUUAGGUAAUCUUGUUAUUGAAAAUAAACCAACCCAAGGUUACACUCCUAAUGUAGUAGUGGGACAAGUUCCCCCAGGAACCAACCACAUCAGCAAACCUCCAGGGCAAAUUAAUCUUGCACAACUUCGGCUCCAGCAUAUGCAACAGCAGGUGUACGCACAAAAACACCAGCAGUUACAACAGAUGAGGAUGGGGCAGCCGGCAGGGCAGCUCCCCCGUCAGGCAGGCCCACAGAUGCUACAGCAACAGCCUCCUAGAUUGAUAAGUAUGCAGACCAUGCAGCGGAGUAUGAAUUGCGGUGCUUUCCAAGCCCACCAGAUGAGAAUGGCUCAGAAUGCUGCUCGUCUCCCAGGGAUACCACGGCACAAUGGGCCCCAGUACUCCAUGAUGCAGCCGCACUUACAAAGACAACAUUCAAACCCAGGGCAUGCUGGCCCUUUUCCAGUUGUUUCAGUGCACAAUAAUACUAUCAACCCAACAAGCCCUACAACAGCCACAAUGGCCAAUGCUAACCGUGGCCCAACAAGCCCAUCUGUAGCAGCAAUAGAACUUAUUCCUUCUGUAACAAACCCAGAAAACCUUCCUUCUCUGCCAGAUAUCCCUCCCAUUCAGGGGCUGAGGCUGAUGAAGCGAGAGCUCAGACGGCAAGAAAGACAGUGGCGGCGGGCUCGCAACGAAGCGUCAAGAACAUCCUAUCGAACGUUUAUGAAGUCGUAUGAGAUGGCAAUGAAGGCCGCGAAGAAGGAGUUCUACGCGGCCGAGAUUGUGAACUGUUUGAGCAGGUGUUUGGAGAGGCGGCAUACACAGUCCGUAAAUGAAGGUGAUGAUGAUAGUAAUAGUAAAAAAAAAUGGAAUGUGCCCGAAGACAUAAUCUUCAAGUUCAAGGAUAAGAAAGAAAAAAUUGACUCUGUUGAAAAAGCAUUGGAGUUUUUGCAGCAGCAUAAUCGACCAGCAGGCAAAGAAUAUAAAGAGAAAGAUGACAGCAUCAAGGAGAGUGAUGGAGCAGUGGCAUCUUCGGACGAGGACUCCGAUUCAGAACUUGGGGCAGCAGCCUCAAAAACAAGCUAUCACUGUGGUUCAUCAGGCAGAACAGUUGAGAAGAAUAAUAUUAGUUUCAAGACUGACCAUGUCAAAGUUAAGCAGGAGCCUGGCACAGAAGAAGAGGUAUGCGGUUUCUCAGGACCAGUAAAGCAAGAAAAAUCAGAGGAUGGCAGAAGGAGUGCCUGCAUGCUCAGCAGUCCUGAGAGCAGCUUGACGCCACCUCUUUCCACAAACUUACAUCUUGAAAGUGAAUUAGAAGCACUAGGAAGUAUAGAAAACCAUGUUAAAACUGAACCAGCAGCCCUGAGUGAAAGCUGCAAACAGUCGGGACACAGCCUUGUCAAUGGCAAGUCUCCAGUGCGCAGCCUCAUGCACCGAUCAGCUAGGACUGGAACAGAAGGCAAUAACAAAGAGGAUGAUCCCAAUGAGGACUGGUGUGCCGUGUGCCAAAAUGGAGGAGACCUGUUAUGUUGUGAAAAGUGCCCCAAAGUUUUCCACCUCACAUGUCAUGUACCUACUCUCCUCAGCUUUCCAAGUGGAGAGUGGAUAUGUACGUUUUGCCGAGAUCUAAUGAAACCUGAAGUAGAGUAUGAUUGUGACAAUUUGCAGCACAGUAAGAAGGGGAAAACUGCACAAGGUUUGAGUCCUGUGGACCAAAGGAAAUGUGAACGCCUCCUCCUUUACCUGUAUUGUCAUGAGCUGAGCAUUGAAUUCCAGGAGCCAGUCCCAGCCUCGAUACCAAACUACUAUAAAAUAAUAAAGAAGCCAAUGGAUUUAUCUACAGUAAAAAAGAAACUGCAAAAGAAACAUUCCCAACACUACCAGACGCCUGAAGACUUUGUGGCGGAUGUGCGGCUGAUCUUCAAGAACUGUGAAAGGUUUAAUGAAAUGAUGAAAGUUGUUCAAGUUUAUGCAGAAACACAAGAGAUUAAUUUGAAGGCUGAUUCAGAAGUAGCGCAGGCAGGGAAGGCAGUUGCAUUGUACUUUGAAGAUAAACUUACAGAGAUCUACCCAGACAGGACCUUCCAGCCGUUACCUGAAUUUGAACAAGAGGAGGACGAUGCUGAAGUCACAGAUGACUCCGAUGAAGAUUUUAUCCAGCCUCGUAGAAAACGUCUAAAAUCAGACGAGAGACCAGUGCAUAUAAAGUAACCUGAUUAAAACGGACCUAAAGUAUUGUAAAAAGCAAAAACAAACAUAUUUAAGUGUUCCUGGGAUAUUAUCAUGCCUUCAGUGGCCAUCUUGAUGAAGCUGAUAGUGUUCAGACAGUAUUAGAUUACAAAAAAGCAUUUGUGCAGAAACAUUCUUGUCAGAAAGGGGGGGAAAGCUUUUAGCUUCUGUUUUUUUAUUGUUUGGAUUGUCUUUUCCUUUUCCACAGAGAAUGCCCUCUCAUUUCUCACAUUCAGAGGUGCAGGAUGAAGACAAUGCAGGUUUUGUGUGGUAUUUGUACAGACAGUGAACUCUUUCACUGCUUACUAAUUUCUGCAAGACUGGACCAAGGCAGUCAUGCUUCACUUUUCAUGCAGGUCUGCAGUCUUAAGCUGCAAUAAACCUUCCUCGAGAUCAUCUUCAGCC